CUUCAGAAGUGACUCAGAUCCAAGAGCUGCAAGCUGACUGGAUUCAGAACACCACCUGUGACUUCAAGCCAGCUAGAUGUUUAAACACGCUCUACCACUUACUGAAGAAAGUCUCAAUGUUACAGGAAGGAUGAUACCUGCUGGUCCACAAACCACGCAAAGGUUUUGUGACCAUCUCCAAUGCCAGUGAUGGGGACAAACCCUCUCGUACACUCUACCACCUGCAUAAUGUGCACUGUGGACCCCCUGCUGUGCCAUCAGGUGUGCCUUGGGUUCCCCUGGACUGCGCACAUGUGCUGCCGUUCCACCAGAAGCACAACAGACCACCCUGGAACUUUCCUCCACUCCCACCCCCUCAGGCAAAAGAUCGGAAGGGGCCACAUCAAGGCCUGGGAACAAAAACUGCACUCAGACCACCACAAGAAACCAGCCUAGCAAGAGCAUUUAAAUAUAAUCAAUCAUCAAAGAAGAAGAAGAAGAAAGGAAACCAUCUGAAACGGAGACAGAAUAUGGAUGAGAGCAUGCGGGUCAAGCUGAUGAUGGACUUGGAAAAAAAACUGACCGAACCGAUGAAAGUGAAACAACCUUAUAUUAAUUUGUGGACUUCAAUUGUAAAGAACUUGUACAUUUUAUUCUUUCAAACAAAUUCACAGGUUUUAAGGGGAUAUCAUGUCUUACAUCUCUGAUGCCUUCAAAACCUAACCAGAUGAAGGCAUCUUAGUUUACAGGAGGUUAUGUAAAUAUUGGAUUCAGGCGUGCCUUGAUCAUUUCCUAUCUCCUUAUACAGUUAAAUGCAGUCUUUUUCAGGUUUCAGACGAGGCCUGCAUCUACCAGUCUUUUUAGUACAUCCAUUGUUUUAAUUGCAUUCAUUGUCACAUAUGUACCACAUCCUUAAAUUCCAUCAUUUCAAACAAGAAUCCAUGGGCAGCAGUUUCCAAAUCCCUUUUAUGUUCCGAGGUUCAAUAAACUCAUUGUGAAAUCUGUCCAGACCACGAUGUGGAUAAAGUGAAUGGGGUGUGUCCUAGUGAGGAGGAGCCCACCUCCAUUUGCAGAGUAUGGAAGGAAAAGAUUCUUGGCAUUGUUGAUAAGCACCGCCUCUGGUAUUUAACCACCACACCCAUCUAACACUCCAUAGCAGGGACUAUUCUGCACAGCAUCUUUUCUCUGUUGGUCACCAAGGACAUCAAGGAUGGCUUUGGUUUCUGAGUUCUUAGGUCAGCUCACUCUGAAUCUGGGUGGUGGGGAGCCCACAUACCCAACAGUGGUGCCAGCGGGGGAUUUUGACCCUGAUAAAGAUGCCGCCAGAAUUGAGACCGCUAUCAAAACUAAAGGGGUGGAUGAGCAAACGAUAAUUGAUGUCCUCACUAAACGGACAUACAACCAAAGACGAGAAAUCGCCUUUGCAUAUGAGAGGACAACCAAGAAGGAUAUGAUCUCAGCCCUAAAGGGGGCACUGUCUGGCUCACUGGAAACAGUUAUUCUAGGCCUCAUGAAGAGCACUGCACAAUAUGAUGCCUCUGAAAUCAAAGCCUCCAUCAAGGGUCUUGGAACAGAUGAAGAGACACUGAUUGAGAUUGUCUGCUCUCGAAGCAAUCCAGAGCUUGUAGAGAUUAAGAAAGUCUACAAGGAAUUGUUCAAGAAGGACCUGGAGAAGGAUGUGGCUGGAGACAUUUCAGGAGAAUUUGCUAAGCUACUGCUAGCUUUGGUUGAGACCAAGAGAGAUGAUCCUAGCUCUAUCGUCGACAACCAGAAAAUCGACGAUGAUGCCAGAGCCCUGUAUGACGCUGGAGUCAAAAUAAAAGGCACAGAUGUAAAAGCCUGGAUCUCCAUCAUGUCAACGAGAAGUGUUCCUCACCUCCAGAAAGUUUUUCAGAGAUACAAGAGUUACAGCCCCUACGACAUGCAGGAGAGCAUCCGGAAGGAGGUGAAAGGAGAUCUAGAGAAGUCCUUCCUGACUCUGGUUCAAUGCUUUGAAAACAAACAGCUCUAUUUCGCCAACAGACUGCUAGAUGCUAUGAAGAGCAAAGGCGCAAAGGAAAAGUUGCUGACCCGAAUCAUGGUGUCUCGAUGUGAGGUGGACCUCAAAAAGAUCAGACAAGAGUUCAAGUCACACCACGGGAAGUCUCUGUACCAGACCAUAGCUGAGCACACAAAGGGAGAUUACCAGAAAGCCCUGUUAAGUCUUUGUGGAGGAGACGACUAAACUGGACCAUCACGGCUCCCGGCAGUCUCCAGGAAGGCUCACGAGUAGGAUUUGAACUGUGGAGGGCUAGACAUAGACAUCUACUGUGCCUGGCCUUAAAUGUUGUCCCUACCCUACUGCAGCUUUAGAGACAGGCAAUCAGUAAACAUGCACUCGCUUAGACAAGAAUUAACCAUGUGUUAUCCAUUACGAACCAUUGCUCUUUGUAAGAUUCAAAGUUUCAAACCCCAUCUAGUGAUAAGAUCAGCAAUUAAGUAAUCUGUUAAUGUCACAUUUUAAAGUGCUUGAUUGUCACAAAAUUACAUAUAUUGUACGGAUAUGGGCAGAAAUUAAUUUCGUUACCCUAUUUUCUAUGCUAAGAAAUAAAAAAGUAACACAAUAUAAUAA